AUGUCAGGUAUUCAAGACGAGAUAUCCAAAAAUUUGAAGCUGGUAGUUGCGGAGAGUUUGAAGACGCUUCAAAAUUUCAACGAAGAUGCCAAUUACGUCGCAGAAUACGUGGUUUUGUUAAUGUCGAAUGGCGGAACGAUCGAGUCCGUUGUGCAAGAACUGACGUCCUUAUUCGACUCAGUGCCCUCCGAAGCGUUUCAGAACGUUGUUCAACAAGCGUUUCAGGCAUUGAGCUACUUACAAAACGGAGAUUCGCUGGAAAUAGCUGUUUCGAAGUUGAACGGUGGGAACAGGGUUAAUGCUCCUGCACCUGCACCUGUAGCGGCUAUCAGGGCCGAGCCCUCGCCUGCGUUGAGUUUCGGAGAGCAGAACUCAGGUGCUACCGUCCCCAUAUCGGCGUUUGAGGGUCUUGUGGACGUGAACAACGCUUCUGACACUCGUGUCGGUGCAUUUGGGUCUAGUUUCCCAAAAAGAGGUGCGAGCCGUGGCGGUAUCGGCAAAAAUAGUAGCACCAGAGGUGGUCGCGGAGACAGAGAGUUACGCGGCGGUAAAUUCAAUGCGAAACGGAAUAAUGCGCUGGCCACGGCGCUUGGUAUGGACAAUUCAAAUGUGAACUUCGUGCAGAAAAAACAGGGCCGUUGCCCGUUGUUUCCCCGCUGCCCGCUCGGCAAACAAUGCCCACAUGCACACCCUACACAGGCGUGCAAAGAUUAUCCUAACUGCCCCAACCCUCCCGGAACGUGUAACUACUUGCACCCCAACGAGGAUGUGGAAUUGAUGAAAGAGAUUGAAAAAACCAGGGAAGAAUUCAGGGAAAAAAGAGCCGCACAAGCUGCUACGAGAAUAAAACCGGUGAAUACGGGUAUUGUGCUAUGUAAAUUUGGGAACCUGUGCUCCAAUCCACAGUGCCCAUUCGGGCAUCCAACACCUGCAAAUGAGGACGCCAAGGUUAUCACUUUUGUUUGGUGCCCAGAAAACUUAGCGUGCCAAAACCCUGCUUGCGACAAAGCUCACAGCUCGUUGUCCAAGAUAAGAGACGUUGCGCCCGUGAGCCACCGCAAACCGGCGCGUCAAGCUGCACCACCUGUGGAAAAAUCGUUAGAACAGUGCAAAUUCGGACAGCAUUGUACGAACAAGCGCUGCAAAUUCAGACAUGCGCGUUCCCACAUCAUGUGUCGUGAAGGCGCAAACUGUACAAGAAUAGACUGUUUUUUCGGUCACCCAAUCAACGAAGAUUGCAAAUUUGGAGUGGAAUGUCGCAAUGCAUACUGUCUGUACAGACAUCCGGAAGGCCGUCAAUUGCCCCAGAAGCAAGCGAAUCCUCAGAGUGCGUUCCAACCAAACCCAGGCAUGGGCGGGAACAGUGCGUCUAAUGAGAGACCAUUUGCCGUUCCGGACAACGAAGUGGUAGAGACGAUAGCGCGGCAUGAUCACGAUGCGAUGAUGAGCUAG